UCAGCGGCGGGCGGACCGAUUCCUCGGCGCGGCGGGGCUGGGGCAAGCUGGACGCAGCAUGAUGCGCGCAGUGUGGGAGGCGCUGGCGGCGCUGGCAGCGGUGGCGUGCCUGGUGGGCGCGGUGCGCGGCGGGCCCGGGCUCAGCAUGUUCGCCGGCCAGGCGGCGCAGCCCGACCCUUGCUCGGACGAGAACGGCCACCCGCGCCGCUGCAUCCCGGACUUCGUCAACGCUGCUUUCGGCAAGGACGUGCGCGUGUCCAGCACCUGCGGCCGGCCCCCGGCGCGCUACUGUGUGGUGAGCGAGCGCGGCGAGGAGCGGCUGCGCUCGUGCCACCUCUGCAACGCGUCGGACCCCAAGAAGGCGCACCCGCCAGCGUUCCUCACCGACCUCAAUAACCCGCACAACCUGACGUGCUGGCAGUCGGAGAACUACCUACAGUUCCCGCACAAUGUCACGCUCACGUUGUCGCUUGGCAAGAAGUUCGAGGUGACCUACGUGAGCCUGCAGUUCUGCUCGCCGCGGCCCGAGUCCAUGGCCAUCUACAAGUCCAUGGACUACGGGCGCACGUGGGUGCCCUUCCAGUUCUACUCCACGCAGUGCCGUAAGAUGUACAACCGGCCGCACCGCGCGCCCAUCACUAAGCAGAACGAGCAAGAGGCCGUUUGCACUGACUCGCACACAGACAUGCGCCCGCUAUCCGGCGGCCUCAUCGCCUUCAGCACGCUGGACGGGCGGCCCUCGGCUCACGACUUCGACAACUCGCCCGUGCUGCAGGACUGGGUCACGGCCACUGACAUUCGCGUAGCUUUCAGCCGCCUUCACACGUUCGGUGACGAGAACGAGGACGACUCGGAGUUGGCGCGCGACUCCUACUUCUACGCGGUCUCCGACCUGCAGGUGGGCGGCCGCUGCAAGUGCAACGGCCACGCUGCCCGCUGUGUGCGAGACCGCGACGACAGCCUGGUUUGCGACUGCCGGCACCACACGGCCGGCCCCGAGUGCGACCGCUGCAAACCCUUCCACUACGACCGGCCCUGGCAACGGGCCACGGCCCGCGAAGCCAACGAAUGCGUGGCCUGUAACUGCAACCUCCAUGCCCGGCGCUGUCGUUUCAACAUGGAACUCUACAAGCUCUCAGGGCGGAAGAGCGGGGGCGUCUGCCUCAACUGCCGUCACAAUACAGCCGGCCGUCACUGCCACUACUGCAAGGAGGGCUACUACCGAGACAUGGGCAAGCCCAUCACUCACCGGAAGGCCUGCAAAGCUUGCGAUUGCCACCCCGUGGGUGCCGCUGGCAAAACCUGCAACCAGACGACAGGUCAGUGUCCUUGCAAGGACGGUGUGACAGGCAUCACCUGCAACCGCUGUGCCAAAGGCUACCAGCAGAGCCGCUCCCCCAUCGCCCCCUGCAUAAAGAUUCCUGUAGCGCCACCGACCACAGCAGCCAGCAGUGUGGAGGAGCCUGAGGGCUGCGAUUCCUACUGCAAGGCCUCCAAAGGGAAGCUGAAGAUUAACAUGAAAAAGUACUGCAAAAAGGACUAUGCCGUCCAGAUCCACAUCCUGAAGGCGGACAAGGCAGGGGACUGGUGGAAGUUCACGGUGAACAUCAUCUCUGUAUACAAGCAGGGCACGAGCCGCAUCCGUCGUGGUGACCAGAGCCUGUGGAUUCGCUCGCGGGACAUCGCUUGCAAGUGCCCCAAAAUCAAGCCCCUCAAGAAGUACCUACUCCUGGGCAACGCGGAGGACUCGCCCGACCAGAGCGGCAUCGUGGCGGACAAGAGCAGCUUGGUGAUCCAGUGGCGGGACACGUGGGCGCGGCGGCUGCGCAAGUUCCAACAGCGCGAGAAGAAGGGCAAAUGCAAGAAGGCCUAGCGGCGCGGCGGCAGCGGCGGCGGGCGGGCCGGGGCCGAGGGCCGGGCGCG